ACAGGGCGGUCGGUGUGACUCGAUGGCUCAGCAGCUUGGAUGCGAUUGCCAAGUGACAUCCUGCAAGCAGCCCGACCUCAACUCACCGCAUCGCCGCUUGCCACUCACUGAAUCCCGCCCGUGAAAAAGGAGGAGGAGGAGGAGGGGGAGAGCCUGUGUUUCCCCGUCACAGUGAUCUGAACAGUAGGGAAGCUCGGUGUUCCGAUACGUCAAACAGAUUAGUCAAAUAACCUCUCUGGGUAGGACAUACCUCCCCUCAUUGGGCUUGCCUGGCUGCAUGCAUGGGCUGAGAAAGCAACAUUGUCUGCAUUGACAAACUGCCUGGAAGCCUGAAGCGAAAUACAGAAGUGCACUACUUUUCUUUUCUCGUCUUUUUUUUUUUUGUUUUGUUUUUUUGGGGGCUGGAUGAGACGACCGUGGUGAUCCUCCAGCAGCGUCUCUUAUAUUCCUCCCCCCACCCCGCUGCGAAAUGGCGAAAGAAAACGGCGAGUCCAGCGAUGGAUCUUGGAAAAAGCAUGUCGAUGAUAUCAAGAACAUAUUUGACUUCAAGGAAGUCCUUGGGACCGGUGCGUUUUCUGAAGUGGUGAUGGCUCGGGAAAAGGCCACAGGAAAGAUGGUCGCAAUCAAGUGCAUCCCGAAAAAAGCACUGAAGGGGAAGGAGACGAGCAUCGAGAAUGAAAUCGCCGUGCUUAGGAAGAUAAAGCAUGAGAAUAUUGUGGCUCUGGAGGACAUCUACGAGAGCUCAAACCACCUGUACCUCAUAAUGCAGCUGGUGUCUGGAGGUGAGCUGUUUGACCGCAUCGUAGAGAAAGGCUUCUACACCGAGAUGGAUGCCAGUCGGCUCAUUCGACAGGUUUUAGAUGCAGUCAACUACCUGCACUCUAUGGGCAUUGUGCACAGAGACCUAAAGCCCGAGAAUCUUUUGUACUUCAGCCCCCAUGAUGAAUCAAAGAUCAUGAUCAGCGACUUUGGCUUGUCAAAGAUGGAGGGAACAGGUGAUGUCAUGGCCACCGCCUGUGGGACUCCAGGAUACGUGGCUCCUGAGGUUUUAGCUCAGAAGCCCUACAGUAAAGCUGUGGACUGCUGGUCUAUUGGGGUCAUCGCUUAUAUUCUGCUUUGUGGUUACCCUCCUUUCUAUGAUGAGAAUGAUUCGAAGCUCUUUGAGCAGAUUCUCAAGGCAGACUAUGAGUUUGAUGCGCCGUAUUGGGAUGACAUAUCAGACUCCGCCAAAGACUUCAUCAGCAGCCUAAUGGAGAAAGACCCAGAGAAGAGAUUCACAUGUGACCAGGCUCUAGAGCACCCUUGGAUUGCCGGAGGCACUGCUCUCUGCAAGAACAUACAUGAAUCAGUUAGUCGACAAAUGCGGAAAAACUUUGCCAAAAGCAAAUGGAGGCAAGCCUUUAAUGCGACGGCUGUGAUCCGCCACAUGAGGCGCCUGCAGCUGGGUACCAGCUUUGGCAGCAGCAUUCACAGCACCAACUCUACGUCCAACCCUCAGAGUCGCGCUCCUGCCAAGAGCCAGUCUGUAGACUGCGCCCCGCUCUCCCUGAAGGACUGUCCUCCAAUAGCUCCUUUGCCUUCCACUGUUAAAGUGUACAAUCAGGACUCUGACGGUGCCUCUCCUGUACAAGAGGAACCAUCAGUGGUGGGAGAGCCACCACGGCCACGACCCUCUACCGUUACUGUCAUCCACACGGGGACUAAAUGACGCCAGGUUCCGCGGGAGGUGAGCUGGGAGACCACAGAGCUUUAAGGACGGGAUAAAACCAUCCCAGGCCAUGUGAUCCAACGUCGUCGCCCAGUUUGCCCAUCCCGCAACCUCCCACCUGUUUCUGCCAAUCACGGGAGGAAUUUGAGGAGCGUUUGUUCAGCUCCAUUUAUCAUGGCUCAGCGCGGCACCCCACUGAUCCCCCUUCCCACUGUCAUACAGACCUGGAAGUACAGAGGGGACGAUGCUCACCAGAAGUUGUUAUUGUGGAAGCCAUGUUCAGCCUGGAUCCUGGUUGUCUGGCAGAUAAACUGAGCAGCUGGUCUGAGAAGUGCCACACUAAAGGGAACACUUUGACAUAUUUGACUAUGAACGUCUUGAGGCGGCAUGCUCCGCUGUAUGCCUUGUGUAAAUAUCUCGCCUGGCACUGUUGAGUGGAGUCAUGUUACGCCAGUGAAAUAUAAGCUUCAAGCUAUGGUAAAUAAUUGUGACAUCAUUUGCACUCUGAACUUCUUUGUCGUUUUGACAGCUCUUGUUAAUUUGCUGUGGUAUUUGCUACAAUGGCUUGCAGGGUAACAGCGUGACAGCGUGUGUUAUCUCUUUGCUUUAAAGUGUGUGGACAUGGAACAUGUGCAGGACAGUGUGCUUCGCUGUGAUCGCUGAGAGGGCCGCUGCAUUGCACUAAUGUAUUGGAUUAUUUAUUUUCUUACAAUUCAAUUAUGACUUUUGUAAGAGUACCACUUACAGAAAUGUUUAAAUGUUUUAUCAGACUGGACUGAAAAGUUAUGGAAUAAUAAAGAUACUGUAUAUAAUAGUUAGUUAGUUACUUUGUAAUUGCUGUUAUAUUUGAUUCAUUCUGACGUGACUGUGAAGUCCUCCUUGACAACAGGAGGGAAAUCAUGUGUUGUUGCUGUGUGACAGUUCUCAGGGAUGUGCUCCAACAUGAAGCUAACCACCAAACCCCCUCUCGGCGUGAUCAGACACUGCCGAUGAGGAUGGUGACGGUGAAAUAGUUAAAAAGUAAAACCUUCAAGUACUGCAUGUUAUUCUAAUGUGCCAUUGGGAGAGUCUGACAGAUGUUUUCUUUCUUUGAAUCCUUCAUUUUUGACAGUAUGAGUGUAAUGUAACUCAUACUGAAUGGAUUGUUUUCCCUUUAAAGGCCGUGAAUUAUAUUUGGAUUUAAAGAAAAGUGUUUAUCAGUGAAGUGCGCAUUCAUGCCUGCAGUAACAAUGUAAAAUUGACAAAUGAAUGCAAAUGUAUCUUGAUCUUGAACCUUUGCUCCCAUUGCAGAAUCCUCAAAUCAGUAGUGUGCAGUUCAGUAGUAUCGUGCUCUGCUUCCGCUCAUGAAGUGGUGGGUCUGAAAACAGCUCACUCACUCUGUUUAAUCACUGUGCUUUCAUACCAGCCUGUUGAAUUUAGCAGAAAGACUCUUUCUCCUUCACUCUCAUGCUCGCAAUAUAGAGAUUUUCACAAAGACCAGGGAUCUGUCUUUGAGUUUUUGUCUGUGGUACCGCUAUAUCAUUAAAAGUCACUCAACAUGAAUGGGGGGUGGGGGGGGGGUCCACUCCACAAGUACAUGCCCAACAUAAAGGGCUUUGCCAUCUUGAAUUUUCUGAAAGUGUUGUGAAAAUUGACUUUGAGCCUCUACGUACUGUAAAUACAAAUCUCAACAACA